CACGUCCAUUGUUUAUAUCACACCACCACAUCCACACGUUCAUGGAAUGUCCGUGUCUCGACUCGAUCUGUUUUCCCAUCAAGUGACGGCAGCCUUGGCGGCUCACAAUUACGCCAACCCAUGAAUGCACCUCUCUGUCUGUUAGCUGGUCGGCUCCAGGCACUUGCGCUCUUGACACGCCCUCUCGGCCGGCUCAUACUGGCCCAGCUCGAGCGACCGGAAGAGGGCGUCUUUGGCGAACUCAUAUGCGCCGAACAUGAGGAAGCCGCCAAUGCCGAUCCACAGGACGCGCGGCACCACGCCCUUCAUGAGAUGGAAUACGGCCUCCUCCUGGACGAUCUUGACCAUCGCAUCACACACACCCUUGUACUGAAAGUGACACGCGCACAUGCACACACACAGGGUGGUUGUCGAGGGUUGAGAUGGCCGGCUGGCUGGGUGGCUGACCGACCUUGAUCUUGCCUCCUUGUGUCGUGAUUGACUGUGUCAUGAUUCUCGUCUUGCACACGUCCAGGGGCGUCGUGGCCGCCCCUGCUAUCGCGCCUACAACCACACACACAACAGGCUUUCUGUGUCUGAGUGUGCGUGUGUGUGUGUGCGUGUGUGCGUGUGUGUGGCGACCUGCCAGCGCCCCGCAGACAGCCGAUUGCAUUGGCGAGAGCGUGUAGAUCUCAUUCGUGUACGACGGCCGAUCCCGCAUCUUUGAGAUCUCAUAGUGAUACUUCAGCUUCUCCCUUCAACCACACACCACAGAGACCAAGCGAACCCUUUCCCAUUUGAGUGCACUCGUGUGUGUGUGUGUGUCGCACCGGCCCACCCGCUCGCCCACCCACCAGAUUGCGAACUCGAAGGCGUCGAAGGGCACCUCUCUGGCAAGCUGCGCUCCAUACCCCCUGAGCGACGUAGAUCCGCGACACGGCGGCGCGUGUUGACAGGGGGCGGUGCACGCUGCACUGCAUCUGCUGCUUGACCACCGCAAAAGGCACCCAGAUAACACACGCGACCACCUGAGCGGCCGAUGCCGCCAGGAGAUGGACCACAAAAGGCGGCAGCACACCUUACUUGAGGGACAUACAGCACAACCAAGGGCAGCGACCAAUCCCAUUGUGAUCAGCACUUUCUUACUGCUUCGUUUGAGAGUGCGUUUGGUCCACUCAUAGGUGGCCCAGAAAGCAGCCGUGCCGGGGAAGCUGCCGAGCAGUGUUGGCGUCAGGCCUGCAUCAGCAGCAAAUCACGCACCCACCCACUAGUUUCGGCUCCGAGCUACUACCUGUACAGAGCGUGCGGAUCGCCCGGAGGCCGCCCCUCGUCAGAAGACUGCCCUUGGUCACUGUGGUCAUCAGCCCGCGGCUGGUCCAAUUCACCAAGUGCAAAAUGCUGUGUCGGCAGCCGGGCCUGCCUGAGCGUCUUGUAGUGGUCCAGGGGAUACAGCACCUGCCGUGAGAAAAUCAACGAAUCAAUGACAACGCAGAGAUCACAGCAAAGAUCUGUGAGUCGGCCAUGCAUCUGUCCAUCUGUCUAUCUUUUCAUCUCUCACUGCAUCUGCAGCCAUGCCGGAGAGGCCGCCAGCUGCAAGAAUCGCUGCACACAGUCACACAGCCACACAGUGCAUCGCUGCGAAGGAUCACAUACUCCACGCCUGCCUUGGAC